UCAGGUGUCUUGUCCUCCUGUGUCCUGCAUCAACCCAGUCUUCACUGAUGAACAGUGCUGCCCCGUUUGUCCUGACAAUGACAAUGACUGGUCUCCGUGGUCGGAGUGGACCCACUGCUCUGUCUCCUGUGGACGCGGGGGGCAGAGAAGGGGACGAUCGUGCAAUGACGUCAUGCUGUCCUGUGCCGGUCCCUCAGUUCAAAUGCGGAGCUGUAUGAUAAUGAAGUGCGAUCGGAAGGUACGCAGUGACGGGAACUGGGGACUCUGGUCUCCCUGGUCUGCAUGUACCACCACAUGCGGAGAAGGUGACAUCACACGGGUACGUCUGUGCAACAACCCUCCACCAGCCAAGGGGGCAAAAGGAUGUGCAGGCAGUGCCAGUGAAACCCAACCGUGCAACAACACACUCUGUCCCAUUGCCGGAGGUUGGGCAAGUUGGACGCAGUGGUCUUUGUGCUCCGAGUCUUGUGGAGGAGGUCUAUCGAGUCGCAGAAGAAAAUGUUCAAACCCCGCACCUCAGAACAGUGGGAAGCCUUGUGCUGGAGACUCCGUGGACUAUGAAGCCUGUAACAAACAGCCUUGUCCUAAAGACAUGUGUUUGCUGUCAAAUCCAUGUUUUCCCGGUGUGGCUUGCACUAUGCACCGUGAUGGAUCGUGGGAAUGUGGAGGCUGUCCAUUGGGUUUAAAGGGCAAUGGAACUCACUGUGAAGAUGAAAAUGAGUGUGAAGUGGAGGGUGUGUGUGUUACAGAGUGUGUAAACACAGACCCUGGGUUCCACUGUCUGCCCUGCCCUCCUCGGUAUAAAGGCACACAGCCUUACAGCCUGGGUCUGCAGGCAGCCCGACAAAUCAGGCAGGUGUGUGAACCAUACAAUCCUUGCAAAGACAACACACACAGCUGCCACAGGUAUGGUGAGUGUGUGUACCUUGGUCUUGCAUCUGAGGUCUUGUACAGAUGUGUGUGUGCUGUUGGGUUUGCCGGGGAUGGCUUUUUGUGUGGCGAGGACUCUGACCUGGACGGCUGGCCCAACAGUAGACUGACAUGCAGGCGAAAUGCAACCUAUCACUGUCAAAAGGAUAACUGCCCUAUGAUGCCCAACUCUGGACAAGAGGACCUGGACAAUGAUGGACAAGGAGACGCCUGUGACCCCGAUGAUGACAAUGAUGACAUCAUGGAUGAGAGGGACAACUGCCCGCUGGUAUACAAUCCUCGGCAGUACGACUCAGACAGAGACGGGAUUGGAGACAGCUGUGAUAACUGUCCGUUUGAGAGCAACCCACUGCAGAGAGAUACUGACGAGAACGGAGAGGGAGACGCCUGCAGCAUCGACAUAGACGGGGAUGAGGUCCUGAAUGACCACGACAACUGUCCACUAGUCUACAACACUGACCAGAGAGACACAGACCUGGAUGGUGUCGGAGACCAGUGUGACAACUGCCCCCUGUUACACAACCCACUGCAGCUGGACUCUGACAAUGACCUAGUGGGGGACAUGUGUGAUGACAACGAGGACAUAGAUGAGGACGGUUACCAGAACUCCUUGGACAACUGUCCAUACAUUGCCAACAGCAACCAGGCGGACCACGAUAACGACGGCAGAGGGGACGCCUGUGACCACGACGAUGACAACGACGGCAUCCCCGACGACCGGGACAACUGCAGAUUGGUGCCAAACAAGGAGCAGCUGGACACUGACGGUGACGGCAGUGGAGAAGCCUGCUUUGAUGACUUUGACAACGACACUAUUCCAGAUGCCCUGGAUCCGUGUCCGCUGAAUCAGGAAAUUAGGUCUACAGACUUCAAGAAGUUUCAAGUUGUGUUGCUGGACCCCAAAGGAACCACACAGUCUGACCCUCUUUGGGUAAUCCGCAGCCAAGGGACAGAAUUACUGCAGACGGCCAACUCAGAUCCUGGAAUUGCUCUAGGAUAUGACAAGUUCAGCUCGGUCGACUUCAGUGUGACGUUCUAUGUGAACACCAACCGAGAUGACGACUACGCGGGCAUCGUGUUCUCGUACCAGUCGAGUCAGCGCUUCUACGUUGUUAUGUGGAAGCAGGUGUCCCAGGCUUACUGGGAGAAAAAGCCUUCCAAAGCUUUUGGCACAGCGGGAGUCUCCAUUAAACUGGUCAACUCCACCACAGGACCAGGAGAGGAUCUGCGUAAUGCUCUCUGGCAUACAGGAAAUACCAGAGACCAGGUCAGGACGCUGUGGCACGACCCCAAUAAAACUGGCUGGAGAGACUACACAGCUUAUCGCAUGCACCUGAUCCAUAGACCUAAGACUGGCUUUAUCAGGGUGGUGGUGUACGAGGGCAGGGAGAUUAUGACUGAUUCAGGAGCGGUGUACGACCACACCUUGGCCGGCGGCAGACUGGGAUUGUUCGUCUUCUCCCAGGAGCACGUGCUCUUCUCGGACCUCAGAUAUGAGUGCAGAGAUACCUGAAUUAAUCCUUCUUUAGAAAACUCCACAGCAAGCCAUCAUCGUUGCACAUUAAUUUCAGAAAUAUGGUAAUUUUACUGAGAUGAACCAGACCCAGACAAGCCUAUUAGUUAGCAGCCAUCAUCUAUCAGCUUUACUCUGCAGCAGUAUUGAUCUCAGUCUGUCUUAUUUACUGUACAUAACCGUGGACAGCAUCUCCAAUGACACUAAAUUCUCACUACUUUUUAUUUUGCCUAUCGUGAGGAUGUAUAUAAUUAUUUAUUGCCAGACAGCCAGAGUGACAAAAGAAUUAACAGAUCGUGGUGUACGUAAAGCUACUGUCGGCUAUCUUAUCAAUAAAGUACAGUUUUACCAAGACGGUGUUCAUUUUUCCCCAUUCUCUUUGUGACAUCAUCGCAAUGUAGUUCUGAAUGUGGUCUGCAGUGCCUUCUAGUGGUACUGAGAAUAAUUACACGUUAUAGAAAAUAAAUGUUUGAGGUGUUGGUGACGUUAGAAUUUUAUUUCGUAAUGAAAAAUAAUAUUUACUGACUUAUUAUUGUGCCAGGUGUGAAUUAAAGAGACAUCAUGGUAUGUAAAUAAAAAAAUAUUUGACUUUACAUUCCUCUAAAGCACCAUAUUCUAGAGCACAGGGCAGUAACUGUUAUAUAAACACUGUAUUUAACCCUAAUAUUAUAGCCAUUUUCACUAGGUUCGUUUUAUACUGUAUCAUACUUUUUUCAGUGAGAACAAACUCAAUAAGCUGUCUUUGACUGAUCAUUUACAAUACGUCACUGUCGUUAUGUUAUAGUCCACAAAAAACAUCCAUGUAUUCAAGUCUCAGUAUUGUUCCUCCAUUUUCACCAAAUAAGCUCUUUUAAUUUUUAAUUUUCAGAAUUUCACAACCGACUGUUUUUUAUUUGGUUCUAUCUAAGGGUAUCUAUUUUGUUCCUGUUCCACACAGGUAGGGUAGCGGAGUGACACAUUUUAUAGGAUUUUAAACGCGUGUUGAUGCACGGUGCAGUCCCGUCGUGCAGUGGUUUCCAUCUCGUGGUUAAAAUGUGCAAUCGCACGUGCGGAUGAGAGGUGCACGGUCUAUAAGAAACCUACUCUGUCCAGCUGUCCUCGAUGUAACUAUUUUUGGAACCGCAGGUGCGGUUUUAAUUGAAAAGCUAAAUGACAUAAUUAUUUGUGUUGGAAAGGGGCGGGACAACUGUCCAUUUUGAUUGGGAUAAACAUUUAAACACACUUGCUGAGCGACCAAUUCGGUUUUCAAACUCAGGUAGGACUCAUUAGUCCUUUGGUGAGCAACGCGUCGGUGACCUCUGGAUUAAAGCAAGGCCCAAUGCCUCUGUGAGGACUUGAAAUACAAAACCAGUUCAACUUGCUUGUGCAACAAAACACCCACACACGAACAAGGGACACUGACAGAUUCACACUCAGAGGGAGGAGGAUCCGUAGGUAUUCUUGUCAGGACAGCCCACUGACUUCUGUUAUUUAAACUGAGCUAAACUAAGAGCAAAUCUGAAUCCUCUCCCACCCACACAAAGAGAAACCCCACACUUGUUCCGUGCUGACAGUGUUUAACCUUUUGUUCUGUUUUGUGUUGUCUGGGUGCAGACUGUCAGAACAUGCUGUUUUGGCCUAAACCAUUGAAGUGGAACUUUCUCUGUAAAUGUUUUUUAUUCUUUUGUCAGAUGUUGAUUUUAGUUGUUGUAUCGGCCUAGUAUUUGUUCAGAAGGUCACGUACAUGUACCUCAGUUUCCACAGGUGCUCACAGACCCUUCCUUCC